CUCGCUCGGGACCAACGACCCAAGUAGGAGAUGGUUCAAACCAAUUUACAUUUACAACAAAGAAGCCCAGUCAUGACCAAGAUUUCCAUGGCGACAAGGAUCCCAAAUAUCAUGCUUUCCAUUCAUGGUUGUACCAGCCAGCCCCGCGUCCUCGUAAUCGUGUGAGAGGGCGUCGUGAGGUGGAUGAGAGCAAGUCGAUGAUGGUGAGCGUGGGCGUGCAGCAGCUAGUUGAAGCACCCCAAGCCAAAUCAGGACAUAUAGUUGUGGACACGGAGGGUGAGAAUCUUCUGGUGGAGAUGCCAAAUAACGGUCGCCUAGUUCUACCGCUCCGUGAUGCUCAGGCGGUGAUUGAGGAUGUGCCAGUAGAAUACGACAGUGAAAUGCCAUUGAGACGACACAGAAGGUCCGCUGUGGGUAGUGAAACACCUCAAAGAGGGGAGCAGGUUUACUCUUCUAAAAACUACUCAAUACUGUCCUUAUCUGCUACUUCGGCCAUCUUGUUAUUCGGAGUUCUAGUAGGUCUCGUCGGAAUAGUAAUCGUCACAGCACGAAAAUGGGCAGGGAGUAAAGAUACAGCUUACAACCAGGGCAUAGAAGCUCUGUAGACACCGAUAUAAUGGUUAAGGGAUAUUGUCCUUACGUUGGUUCUUUUAUUAUUAUCUUUUAGUCUAUCCACUUCUGGUAUUAACGAUAAGGAUGUACCAAAAUUCAGUACCGCGAUAAAAUUCUUAUCAUAACCAAAUUACACUAGAACGUUUCCGCGGCCCACUGUUAGGAGAAUAAGUCCGAAAGAGCAUUCAUUCCACCUGCCGGCACAGGAAUAUUUACUUUAAGAUUUUUAAGGUUACUUGCUAAGGAGGUUCUCUGAGCGGGCUCAGAGACGGAAUUUAUCAGAGAGAUUAUAUUGAAUUGAUGUGAUAUGUAUUUCAUGGAGAUUCGACGAAUGUAUAAUUGUUAAAAAAAAAGGUUUCUUUAAGUCGGCCUACGUCAACUAAUGCCUAAUGUGUUGACUGAGAAAUGUAGGCCUAGGUCUUUCUUGCUUGUGUUCAAUACAGCCGGCUGUUACUGAGCUUCAAGCACGGUUUAAAAAA